AUGUCGAAGAUCAAGAAGGGCGGUGCGCCCUCCAAGACAGAGAACGAAUUCCGCGUCUGCUUCAUGGGCUAUACGACGGUGGGCAAGACGUGCCUGGUCCUCCGCUUCCUCAAUGACGAAUACGAGGAGAUAGACGACCCCACCCUCGGCACGGCCCCAACUACUCCCUUCUCCCCCUUUCCUUUCCUUUCCUUCAUUGUCUCCCUCCACAGGAAGGAGCUCGUGGUCGACGACGACAAAGUCACCCUCGACGUGCUCGACACGGGAGGCUCCGAAGAGCACCACUACCUCCACGACAAGUGGCUGGGAUGGGCGGACGGGGUGGUGUUUGUCUACGACUGUCACUCGGCCUACUCCUUCGACAUGAUCCCGCGAUAUCGCGAUGAGAUGGCCAAGGUGAAGGGCACCAAGGAGUUCCCGGUGGUGCUGGUCGCCAAUCAGACCGAGGGCGAGGAGGCCGGCUGGGAGAUCACCUCCAAGGAGGGCCGGUCGAUCGCCUACACCUACCGAUGCCCGUUCGUCGAGGCCUCGGCCAAGACGGGCCUCGGUGUCGACAGCAUAUUCAGCAACAUCGUCAAGGAAAUCAAAGACAAGCGAAAGGCGGCGGCGUUCGACGCCAUUUCUGCGCCAAACAAGAAGAAGGCCAAGUCCGGCUCCGCCAUCCAACGGGUGGUGAUGACCGAGCCCAAGAAGAUGGGGGUCAUGCAGACCAAGGCGACGGUGAAACCGUUCAAGAGCGCCAAGAAGGCCUGGGUCGCCAUCAAAGACGGCGUGGUCUACCUCUACGCCAAGGAAAAGGACAUUGAGGAGGGGGUGCCGGCGGUGGCGCUCAACCUGCUGACGUGCACGGUGAAGCCCAAGUACGGCGAGAAGAAGCUGAAGAACUGCUUCGAGCUCAUUUCCCUCAAGAGCCAGUUCCAAUUCGUGGCCGACAGUCCCAAUGAAAUGAUGGAUUGGAUAAACGCAAUCCAGGAGGGCAUAGCGCACAUGCUGAACGAAAACACGGCGGACAAGUCGAAGCUCAAGGGCCAGGAGGAUCGGGGCAACCUCCAGACCUGGGAGGAGCUCAAGAAGCAGACCGAGAAUCGGGCCUGCGUAGACUGUGGCGCCGCCGAUCCGGAUUGGAUAUCGAUCAACCUGGGUCUGCUGAUGUGCAUUCAGUGCUCCGGCGUCCACCGCUCGAUGGGCGUCCACAUCUCCAAGGUGCGGUCGAUAACGCUGGACGAGCUGGAAGCCGAGGUGCAGGAUCUGAUGAAGAGCAUCGGAAACCGCAUGGUCAAUUCCCUGUGGGAACGAGGCCUGGCCCAGUCGGCCAAGCGCAAGCCGUCCCCCACCGACGACCGACCAACCAAGGAGAAGUUCAUCCGGGCCAAGUACGCCGAUCGCGAGUUCGUGGUCAAGGAGGACAUCGAUGCCAACUCGCUCGGCCGACGGCUGUACGAGGCGGCGGCGUGCAACGAUCUGGAGGACAUUCUGGCGUGCGUGUCACAGGGCGUCGAGCCCAAUUGGCGCAACGCCGACGACCACGGACGGACGGCCCUCCACGCGGCUGCCGCUGCCGGCCACGGCCUGGCUUGCCUUAUGCUGAUUCUCAACUCGGUGGAGCCCAAUGCGGUUGAUGACGAGAGCAACACGGCCCUCGCCCUCUGCCCGUCGGCCAGCUGCGCCGAAGUGCUCAAGCGCAACGGCGCCACCGGUGCCUAG